AUGAGUCCUGCAGAUGCCCUUGACGAUGAAAAUACAUUUAAAAUCUUAGUUGCAACAGAUAUUCAUCUGGGAUUUAUGGAGAAAGAUGCAGUCAGAGGAAAUGACACAUUUGUAACAUUUGAUGAGAUUUUAAGACUUGCCCAGGAAAAUGAAGUGGAUUUUAUUUUGUUAGGUGGUGAUCUUUUUCAUGAAAAUAAGCCCUCAAGAAAAACAUUACAUACCUGCCUCGAGUUACUGAGAAAAUAUUGCAUGGGUGAUCGUCCUGUACAGUUUGAAAUUCUCAGUGAUCAGUCAGUCAACUUUGGUUUUAGUAAGUUUCCGUGGGUGAACUACCAAGAUGACAAUCUCAACAUUUCGAUUCCAGUGUUCAGUAUUCAUGGCAAUCAUGAUGAUCCCACAGGGGCAGAUGCCCUGUGUGCCCUGGACAUACUAAGCUGUGCUGGAUUUGUAAAUCACUUUGGACGUUCAGUGUCUGUGGAGAAGAUAGACAUUAGUCCAGUUUUGCUCCAAAAAGGAAGCUCCAAAAUUGCUUUAUAUGGCUUAGGGUCCAUUCCAGAUGAAAGGCUCUAUCGAAUGUUUGUCAAUAAAAAGGUAACAAUGUUGAGACCAAAAGAAGAUGAGAACUCUUGGUUUAACUUAUUUGUGAUUCAUCAGAACAGGAGUAAACACGGAAAUACUAACUUCAUUCCAGAACAAUUUUUGGAUGACUUCAUUGAUCUUGUUAUCUGGGGCCAUGAACAUGAGUGUAAAAUAGCUCCAACCAAAAAUGAACAACAGCUCUUUUAUGUAUCACAACCUGGAAGUUCAGUGGUUACUUCUCUUUCCCCAGGAGAGGCUGUAAAGAAGCAUGUUGGUUUGCUGCGCGUUAAGGGAAGAAAGAUGAAUAUGCAGAAAAUUCCUCUCCACACAGUGCGGCAGUUUUUUAUGGAGGAUAUUGUUCUGGCCGAUCAUCCAGACAUUUUUAACCCAGAUAAUCCUAAAGUAACCCAGGCCAUACAAAGCUUCUGUUUGGAGAAGAUUAAGGAAAUGCUUGAAAAUGCUGAGCGAGAACGUCUGGGAAACUCUCGACAGCCAGAGAAGCCUCUCAUACGACUUCGAGUGGACUAUAGUGGAGGUUUUGAACCUUUCAGUGUUCUUCGCUUUAGCCAGAAAUUUGUGGAUCGGGUAGCUAACCCAAAAGAUGUUAUCCAUUUUUUCAGGCACAGAGAACAAAAGGAAAACACAGGAGAAGAAAUCAACUUUGGAAAGUUAAUCACAAAACCUUCAGAAGGCACAACUCUAAGAGUAGAAGACCUUGUAAAACAGUAUUUUCAAACUGCGGAAAAGAAUGUGCAGCUCUCACUUCUAACCGAAAGGGGAAUGGGCGAAGCAGUACAAGAAUUUGUGGACAAGGAAGAAAAAGAUGCCAUAGAGGAAUUAGUGAAAUACCAAUUGGAAAAAACACAGCGAUUUCUUAAAGAACGUCAUAUUGAUGCCUUAGAAGAUAAAAUCGACGAAGAGGUACGCCGUUUCAGAGAAAGCAGGCAAAAAAACACUAAUGAAGAAGAUGAUGAAGUUCGAGAGGCUAUGACUAGGGCCAGAGCCCUCAGAUCGCAGUCCGAGGACUCUGCUUCCGCCUUUAGUGCUGAGGACCUUAUGAGUAUAGAUCUGGCAGAACAGAUGGCUGAUGACUCUGAUGAUGACAUCACAGCAGCAGCCAACAGAGGAAGAGGCCGAGGAAGAGGCCGACGGGGAAGAGGGCAGAGUUCAGCCUCGAGAGGAGGGUCUCAGAGAGGAAGAGGAAGCAGUAGUCUGGAUACUUCUACUCGAAGCAGAAGUUCAAAGGCUGCUGUGUCAACAUCUAGAAAUAUGUCUAUUAUGGAUGCCUUUAAAUCUGCAAGACAGCAGCCUUCCCGAAAUGUUGCUACUAAGAAUUAUACAGAGGUGAUUGAGGUGGAUGAGACGGAUGAAGAAGACAUGUUUCCUACCACUUCAAAAACAGAGCAGAGGUGUCCGAGCACAUCAUCAUCAUCAAGCAAGCGCAUGUCCCAAAGCCAAAUAGCUAAAGGGGUCGAUUUUGAAUCAGAUGAGGAUGACGACGAUGAUCCUUUUAUGAACACCAGCUCUUUAAGAGGAAACAGAAGAUAA